AUGGAAGUCUUUUGUCGAAACGUACCUGGCCAACUCAAGCCACGACACUUGAAGCGGGAGCUGAGACCCAUUCUAGCUGAGCUUGACAUCGUCUCAUUCGAGUGUCGAGUACACGCGACCGGCCAUGCCACCAUCACCAUUGCAGAUAUCACAAAGGCGCGUCUACUACUUGCCAGAUAUCCUCGCGUGCAAAAGGGCCAGCGAGUCCCGGAGAGGCAACGACUGAAGAUUCGUGGCACAGUCAUCUUCAUUGAAGAAGGCCGGAACCAACCGGACCCGCUUCUCAUAUCAUCGCUUUUGGACGAAGAAGUACAACGCCGUAGUCAACCACGUCGACCAAUUGUCAACAACAAUGUUGACUCUGGAGGGCCUAGGAAGUUUCCUAUUUUCACAUUGUCUUGUGGGACUUUUGACUUUAGAGGCACCGAGCCGGUCUUUAUUGACCAAUUCACGUUGUUAGGGACGGGAACAAUUCACUUUGGUUCGAACAAAUUGACAAUCACUCUAGCUCAUCCCGAGGAUGGUCAGAAGAACUUCAAGAUUGAAUCUGAAUACUGGUCGAUAUACGAUGCACUUUAUGUGAGCAACCAGGGAUGCCCGACAGUAACCUUUGGAUGUAACUAUGCCCCCCGUUUAUUCGAAGCACCCGUCAAGAGCACACAACAGGCGACACUGGCUGCUUUCAUGAGAGACCGGCGUAUGCCGCCUCCACGCGAGGAGAAGAAGACAAGAAUCGGCUUCCUCAACCCAUCUCACAAAUAUGUUGUCUCCUCUUGUUUCGUGUAUCGUGUUACCUUGAUCAACGAACACGAUUUCUCCAGUGUUUUGCGUCUUUCACACAAUCAAAAUAUGCCUGAGCUAGUGAAAUGGCGUGAGCUGAGAUUUCCUGCAGGUGUUUCUUUUACUACUCAAUUGAUCGCCUUUUUUAAGGUACUCAGCAUGUGGAACUUCCCAUUUGCCGUUCAGUUUCAACUUCAAAUGUUAGUAUCCAACGGAGAGUUACCGCCGGAGAAAGUGACGACUCUUUUCCCUUAUGUGAACACGCUUCUCGCCAGAAAGAGACCUUUGGUGGCCGCCAAGAUCAUAAAGGGGCUUCCUAGAAGGCUACAUCACCCUGAUCCUCAUGCUGAUAGCGCUGACGUGAGUCUGGACACCAUCAUAGAUACACUUGAGAAGAUUGAAGAGAUGCAAGCACUUGAGUAUCUGCAGCCCGGGCAACCGGGAUACUUACACUACAAUCAAAUGGAGAUACACAGGCUCAGCGUCACCCCUACAGGCCUCUAUCUCGACGGCCCCAAUGUCGAAGCCGAGAACCGUGUCCUCAGAAAAUAUCGCAACCAAAGCGAUCAAUUCAUACGAGUUCGAUUCAUUGAGGAGUCGGGGGACCCCCUGAUGUAUGAUAUUAGCUCGAACCUGGACCCUAUAUUUGACCGUUUCCGCGAGGUCCUGAGAGAUGGGGUCAUCAUUGCUGACCGGCAUUAUCGAUUCCUGGGGUUCUCUCAUUCCUCAUUGAGAUCGCGUAGUUGUUGGUUCAUGGCGGAAUUUCACGAUUCCGUUACUGGGGAGUUCAUCACCGUGAACAAAUUGAUCUCGAAACUGGGAGAUUUUGAUCACAUCAAAGCUCCCUCAAAGUUUGCGGCACGUCUGGGUCAAACCUUCUCAGAUACGUUGACGUCCAUCUCCGUUGACAAGGAUAUGGUCAAGAGGAUUGACGAUGUGGAGCGGAAUGGGAGGGUUUUUAGUGAUGGCUGUGGUACGAUCUCGAAGGAGAUUUUAUGGAGGAUUUAUCGUGACUAUCCACGUAAUGCUGCGGUUCGUCCAACGGUGUUUCAAGUACGAAUUUCUGGUGCCAAAGGGAUGCUCUCCUUGGAUCCCACACUAAAGGGUCCCACGAUUUGCUUGCGGGAUUCAAUGAUCAAAUUCCGCGCCGAAGCAGAUAAUAACAUCGAGAUUUGUGGUUCUGGAAUUCACAGCUUGCCUUGCUACUUGAAUGCACCGUUGAUCAAAAUUCUCGAGGAUCUUGGAGUGCCGCGUGACCUGUUUCUUGAACUACAAAGAGAAGAGGUGGAAUCUCUCCGCCAAACAGUACGCUCACCACAGCACGCGGCCGUCUUUCUAGACCAGGCGCAUAUUUCAAAAUCGACUAGACUAUCUUGGUUAAUCACUCUUCUGCAAUCAAUGGGAGUUAAUUACAAUCAAGACGGCUUCCUAAAGAGAGCAGUCGAGCUAGUGAUUCUCAUGAAGUUGAGGGAUCUGAAAUACAAAGCCAGGAUUCUCGUUCCUGAUGGAGUCACAUUGUAUGGUAUCAUGGAUGAGACCGGGUACCUGAAAGAAGGAGAGAUAUUCGUUCCAAUUCUCAACGAAGAGACUAAACGAAGAGAUAUCCUUGUUCAGGAUGAUGUGCUCAUCACGCGGUCUCCCGCCUUUCAUCCUGGUGAUGUCCAAUUAGCAAAUGCUGUUAACGUACCAGAAGACUCCCCAUUACGCAAGUUACACAAUUGUGUAGUGUUCAGUCAGAAAGGUACUAGGGACCUCCCCAGUCAGCUCAGCGGUGGAGAUCUAGAUGGUGAUAUAUUCAACAUUAUCUACGAUCCACGUUUCCGACUGCGGCGACUGGCCAAACCAGCUGAUUAUCCUCGGGUUCCUGGCACGGAGUUGGGUAGACCCGUACAAAUCGACGAUAUCCAGGACUUCUUCGUCACAUUUAUGCAACAAGAUCAACUGGGCCGUAUAGCGACUACACACAAGAUUCUCGCGGAUCAGCAGGUGAAGGGCACCUUCGAUCCAAAUUGCCUGACUCUGGCCCAAUUACACUCGACCGCUGUCGAUUUCUCAAAGACAGGGACGCCAGUCGAUAUCAAAAUGAUACCCAGGUACCCUCCCUACCGUCCAGAUUUCAUGGCUCCAGGACCACGUGUACGGGUAGCCGAGAGUAUAGAAGUUCUUGACAACGGUGACGAGUACAUUUGGAACGACGAUUCCGAGAGCGUUAUUGACGAUGACGACGAUGUCCGUCCACCAAUGCGCUACUACAAAAGUCGGCGUGUGUUGGGUGCGUUGUAUCGAAUGAUCAACGAGAGGGACUUUGUCAACGGACUCGAAUGGGAUUCCUUGAAUCGACAGACACAGACGAAAUCUGUAAAUGUUCUUGCUUCCGUGUGGGAGUAUGUCGAACGUGAGACAGCUGGAUUUUUGUGGGAUCAUUGUGUGAAGGAUGCUCACUAUAUUCGAGAUGUCUAUGAAGACAGUAUCCAAGACCUCAUGUAUCAGUACUCAGACGCCCCAUGGAAGUCUUCACUGACUGAAGUCGAAGUUUUUAUUGGCAACAUCAUGGGUCAAAAUCACAAGCAAACCGCCUACCAGAAAGAGUCAUCCAGGGCAAUGCGUGAUGCCUACGAUGACCUCGUCAAAUGGACCAUGUCAUUGAUAACCGGCCGCGGAACUGACGAUGAAAGAGAAUCUCUUGAACGCUCUAUUGCAUGUCUCUGGAUAGCCUUGGAGGAUACACGACAAAAGAAGUCCUCGUUACUGCCAAAUCAAAAGAAGCUGAGUAGUUAUGGAUGGAUUGCGGCCGUGGCUUGUUUGCAUGAAAUUGAUAAGUUGCAGAGAAAUGCACCUUUUUAG